UUUGCGACGAUUCAGGCAGGACGGCCUCGCGUCAGCCCAAGGGGAGAUGGCGUGCGAGCGCGUCUACCCGCGAGCGCGUUUCACGAGGCUGCAAUCCUGUGAGACAUGUCCAAGUCAUUCCCCUUGGUAAUCAUGCGCUGGUCGUGCCUGUAGGCCUCCAUGUUGAACUCACGUCUCCGGUUCCUCCUCAUAUUUCGCAUACCUCCUCGUUGUUUGUUUCCUACUGUUUAUACCCAGCUCGAAUGAUACCCGCCAGCUCCGUAGCACCCGAAUCCUUCACCGAUCAUGCCUCGGACACCUCAGGACGAAGAUGAAGCCGAACACCAACCCCUCCUCCGAUCACCCUCGCCAUCACCGUCAUCAUCAGUGAAGAGCCCAGGUCUCACCACUAGUUCUGAAUCGGACGAUGAUUCCAUCGGCGAAGUCGAGGUUCUACGGGCUAUCGAGUCCGACGUGCUCCAAGAGACAGCAACGUAUGGCAGGAAUCUCAACUGGUGGAGCGCAUACAUCCUUAUUAUGUCCCGGGUCAUUGGCAGCGGCAUAUUCGCAACACCAGGCUCAAUCGCAAAAUCGGUCGGGAGUGUCGGUCUGACCCUAGUACUAUGGGUCGUUGGCGCUGUUAUCUCGGCAUGCGGUCUUGCCAUCACAAUGGAGUAUGGAUGUAUGCUACCUCGAUCCGGGGGCGACAAGGUCUAUCUGGAGUUUACAUAUCGUCAUCCACGGUUCCUGGCAUCUACGCUGGUUGCCAUGCAGGCUGUUAUUCUCGGAUUUACUGCGAGCAACUGCAUCGUUUUUGGAGAAUAUGUGCUAUUUGCUCUUGAUAUUGAACCCACAGAAUUUUCGCAGAAGGCUUUGGCAGUGGGUCUUUUGACUAUUAUCACCAUCAUCCACGGUUGUUUUCUGAAGACCGGAAUAUUCAUUCAGAACGCUCUGGGCUCAAUCAAGAUAGCUUUGUGUGUGUUCAUGGGUCUCACUGGACUGUACGUGGUCAUUUUUCGACCGAACACCGCCUCCGGAGCUCCUCCGAACACAGGCGUUUUCGGUUGGGAUAAUCUGUGGAAAGAUUCGAACUGGAGCUGGGGAAUAAUAUCGACAGCCUUAUUUAAGGUCUUCUACUCGUACGCUGGACUAGGAAACGUCAACAAUGUUCUCAACGAGGUCAAAAACCCGGUCCGGACCCUGAAGACUGUUGGCCCUGCAGCUCUGUUUAGCGCAUGCCUCCUCUAUUUACUCGUAAAUGUUGCGUAUUUCGUCAUUGUACCAAUAGAAGAGCUGAAGGAAAGCCGCGAGUUGGUGGCCGCGUUGUUCUUUGAAAAGGUAUUCGGGCAAGGGUUCGGGAAGACCGUUCUCCCACUUGCCAUUGCCAUUUCUGGGGCAGGUAAUGUAAUGGUCGUUACUUAUGCAAUGGCCCGCGUGAACCAAGAAGUUGCCCGCCAGGGCUUCCUCCCUUACGCAAGCAUAUUAGCCUCAUCACGACCUUUCAAUGCUCCGCUCGGUGGUCUGAUUGUGCACUAUAUUCCAUCGUUGCUGGUCAUCACUCUACCGCCACCCGGAGAUGUCUACACCUUCAUUCUCGACGUAGAAGGAUAUCCAGGGCAAUUCUUUGUUCUUGCAAGUGCCGUUGGCGUACUGCUACUGAGGUACCGGCGACCUGAUCUCAAGAGACCCUUCAAGGCCUGGAUUCCGGCGGUGUUCUUGCAAAUCGCGUUUUGCUUGGCGCUCAUCUCUGCCCCUUUCUUCCCGCCAGAGGGAGGGCAAGGCGACGUAGACUUCUUUUACGCAACUUAUGCAAUUGUUGGCAUUGGGAUUAUCAUUUUCGCUGUUCUAUAUUGGUAUAUCUGGACAGUUGCUCUUCCUCGCUGGCGAGGAUAUACCCUUGAAGAAAAGGUGGAGGUCCUUCCGGACGGCACCAGUAUUACGAAGCUUGUUCAUAUUACCCCAUUGUAAGAUGUAGUGGCCCCGGUUUAGAAUGUCGCUGUUCACGAAGAAGGGAUCUCUCUAAGCAGCUUGCCAUCUCGCAUAUAGUCCUAAUCUUGAGAUCUAGAGCAAAUCGUAUCUGCAUUUUCAACCUGCAGAACGCCGGUCAGUAUUAGGUCGCGUGUCCACGUCUGAACCGUCGUGUGUCGUACGCUUUUCUAAGGAUUAAUAAUGCACACGUAUCUAUACACCCACUCUUAUACUAUCGAUUGGAGAUUACUCUACAUCAUGCUACGCGUAGACGAUUGCAUGGAUAACGGCAACUAGUCUAUGUUGUACGCGGCGCAUUUCUCAGCAAUUUGAUCAUUCUUCAUUGCCCAUCGCAUGUACGAAUUGCGUGAUGGGGUAUCUGACAAAUUACCCCGCGCUGAUGUGUAUAGGAAGGGCGCCAUGAAGUCAUAUAUAAACAACAACGCC